AUGAUCCGCAGGAGUCUCCCUCUUUUCUUCCUCCUCUCUUUCACUGCCACGCUUCUUAUUCCAACUACCAGUAGCAGUCAUGUCCAUUUUAACAUUUUGUCACUGCUUCAGCAGGAUUUCAGGAGGAGCAUCAUAUCACGCUUACUGGGAAGUGAUGAAUCUGCCAAGCAAAAGGCUGAACAUGAUGUGUCAAGCAAUGGUGUUGCAAGUGCGGCUAUGGUAAUAUUCAUCAUAUGUAUCAUAAUUUGUUGUUUAAGAUAUAACCAACUAGUGAAAUUUUGUUCUACCACAAAGAAUGACCAAAAUAUUGAAGUAUUCUUAAAAGAUCAUGGAGAUGUGUCACAAAAAAGAUACAAAUUUGCAGAAGUGAAGAAAAUGACCAAUUCCCUCAAAGUUAAACUUGGUCAAGGUGGUUUUGGUGCAGUAUACAAAGGACAACUACCCACUGGGACCCCUGUGGCUGUAAAAUUAUUGAACGCAUCCAAAAGAAACGGUGAAGAAUUUAUGAAUGAGGUUGCUAGCAUUAGUAGAACCUCUCAUAUUAAUAUCGUGUCACUUCUUGGAUUUUGUUAUGAAGGCAACAAGAAAGCUCUGAUCUAUGAGUUUAUGGCAAAUGGUUCGCUCGAAAAGUUUAUCUACAAAAGAGGGACAGAAACCAUUACAUGUUUGAGUUGGGAGAAUUUAUACCAAAUCUCAAUUGGAAUAGCUCGAGGGUUGGAGUACUUACACAGGGGAUGCAACACUAGAAUUUUACACUUUGACAUAAAACCGCAUAACAUUCUUUUGGAUGAAAAUUUGUGUCCCAAGAUAUCAGAUUUUGGGUUAGCAAAGCUCUGUCCCAGAAACGAGAGCAUCAUUUCCAUGGCAGAUACUAGAGGGACAAUGGGGUAUGUAGCUCCAGAAAUGUGCAACAGACAAUUUGGUGGAGUUUCACAUAAGUCUGAUGUUUAUAGUUAUGGGAUGAUGUUGCUAGAAAUGGUAGGAGGGAGGACGAACAUCAAUCCUGAAGCUAGUCAUACAAGUGAGAUAUACUUCCCAUAUGUGAUACACAAGAGGCUUGCGCUGGACAAGGAUUUAAGGCCUGAUGAAGAGAUGACUGCGGAAGAAAAUGAGAUUGCAAAGCGAAUGACCAUAGUUGGUUUAUGGUGCAUUCAAACGUUUCCAAAUGAUAGACCUACAAUGAGCAAAGUAGUAGACAUGCUCGAAAGCAACGUGAAUUUCUUGGAAAUGCCACCAAAACCUAUGUUCUCUUCACCUACUAGAUCCACAGCAGAAUCUUCCCCUUUGAUUUAA